AUGCAUGUUCGCAGCGUUCUCGUCGCUGCAGCGGCAUUGAUAAGUUCCGCCGCAGCCGUCGCUGUUCCAAUUCACUCCCAGACGCCAGCAGGGUACCUCAUCACGCGAGAGUCUGAUGGCUUACAAGAUAUUGUCACCUGGGACGAGAAAUCGAUUUUCGUGCGCGGCGAACGGGUCGUAAUUUAUUCCGGCGAAUUUCAUCCAUUCCGCCUGCCUGUACCAGAUCUCUGGCUGGACAUCUUCCAGAAGAUCAAAGCACUCGGCUACAACGGGGUAUCCUUCUACAUCAACUGGGCACUGCUCGAAGGGCAACAAGGCACUUAUCGAGCCUCUGGCAUCUUCGCCCUGGAGCCAUUCUUUGAGGCAGCUUCUGAGGCCGGUAUCUACCUCCUGGCAAGACCUGGCCCAUAUAUUAACGCCGAAGUCUCUGGUGGCGGAUUCCCGGGCUGGCUAGACCGCGUCGAUGCACCGUACCAAUUCCGAACCAAUAACACUAAUUACAUCAACGCAACAACUUUGUACGCACAAUCAGUUGGCGAAACAAUCGCGAAAGGACAAAUCACCAACGGCGGGCCGAUUAUCCUUGCUCAGCCAGAGAACGAGUACAGUGCCUACACGUCAAAUGCCAUAUUCCCAAACGAUGUCUACUUUGGAGAAGUCAUCGAUCAACUGCGCAAUGCUGGUAUCGUGAUUCCCUUGAUCAGCAACGAUGCAAGUCCGAAAGGUCUGUUCGCUCCUGGAAAUCCGAAUUACACUGUCCAUGUGGACAUCUACGGCUAUGACGGCUAUCCUCAGGGUUUUGACUGUCAGCAACCUUACUACUGGAAGCCCGGAAACCUUCCAACAGACUGGACCAUGCUUCAUCGGAAUCAGAGUCCAAGCACUCCCAACUCCAUCGUCGAGUUUCAAGGCGGUUCGUUCGACCCAUGGGGCGGGUAUGGCUUCGAUAACUGCGCGGCUUUGACUAACGCGCAAUUCGAGCGUGUGUUCUACAAGAACAACUGGAGUUUCCAGGUCACCUUCUUCAAUAUCUACAUGACAUACGGAGGAUCUAAUUGGGGCAAUCUCGGCCAUCCGCAGGGGUAUUCAUCAUACGAUUAUGGCGCCGUCAUUCGCGAAGACCGUGCCGUCACCCGUACCAAGUAUUCCGAGGCGAAAUUGCUGGCGAACUUCAUCAAAGUCACGCCUGGUUUCGCGACGGCGGAAGUCAUGCUUUACACGAACACCAGCUACGUGAGUACGCCAGAUUUGACCGUCACCGCGUUGAUCGGAAACGACAGCAACUUCGGCCUCUACAUUGUUCGACACUCUCAAUACCAAUCGAACGACACUACUUCUUAUACCCUCACACUACCUGCCUCGUCUGGCAAUGUCACCAUCCCGCAGCUGAGCAGCAUCUCCGACCACUUGAUCCUGGACGGUAGAGACUCAAAGGUGCACGUGGUCGGAUAUCCGGUCGGUCAGAUGCUGCUAGAGUACUCUACGGCCGAAGUCUUCACCUGGGAACGCUUCGACAACGGCACAGUUCUCGUACUCUACGGCGAUGCGGACGAGGUUCACGAAUUUGCAUUGUCCUCCGGCAACUGCAGCCUGGAGUCGGGAAAGUCAAGCUUGGUCGCCAUAAACUCGACAGCCGGCCAGCAAAUCGUUCAGUGGAGCGUGACACCUGAAGAGAAGAUCGUGAAAUGUGGCAGUCUUACGGUCUACCUGUUAUGGCGUAACGAAGCGUAUAAUUGGUGGACUCUUGAACUGCCAGCGGAUGCACCACUCUCGAACUUUACAUCAUCCAAUAAGACGUCUGUCAUCGUCAAGGGCGGUAAUCUCAUGCGAACGGCCCAGAUCAUCAAUGGGGACUUGUAUUUAACAGGCGACAUAAACGAGACCACGACCAUCUCAAUUCAAGGCUCGCCGCCGUACAACGAUCUGUACUUCAAUGGUAUGAAUAUGGGCGCAUCUCCAGCAACAAUCGAGUACACCGCACCGACCCUGAACCUUCCGGAUCUGAAUCAAUCUGCGUGGCAAUCACUUGACUCUCUCCCCGAGCUGUCAUCUUCCUACGAUGAUACCAAGUGGCCUGUUGCGGACGAUUCAACCACGGUCAGCCAAUUCCAACCAAAUACUUCCGAAGUCCUCUUCGCUGGACAAUAUGGAUUCCACUGCGGUUCUCUGAUCUACCGCGGCCACUUCACAGCCCCGUCAUCUGGCAGCGAGCUCAAUCUAUCUCUGCUCACCCAGGGAGGCCAGGCCUACGGCUACAGUUUGUGGCUCAAUAGCACAAACAUAUAUCAAUUUCCGGGAAUCUCGACCAACGACUCGAAUCUUCACUCGAUGCAACUCACGAACCUCACCGCUGGCGCACCAUACGUCUUGACCGCCUGA